AUGUUCCACCAAGGCGACUUGCAGAGCGGCAUUAGUCGCGCACUUACCGAGCAGAAGCUUGUCGCCUGCUUUAUUUCCUCCGACAACGAAGAGAGCCAGAAAUGGGAGCAUCAGUGGCUCGGGAUAGGGCGCCGUCCAGCCCCUAUCGAUAUCUGGGCUACCAAGGCUGUCAUCCUAAAGCUUCAAUAUGGCAGUCAGGAAGCAGGGUUUCUCAGCGCCUUUUGUCCCAUCACGAGUAGCCCAACCUUCGUGGUCAUAGACAAGGGAAGAGUAGUAGACAAGAUCGAAGGGGGCAUCGGCCAUGAAGGGUUCAUGACACGAGUCAGUACAGCUUUGGACAUAGAAUUUCAUGUGAUGAAGAAGAGUGAGUUCGAGGCGGCGAAGCAGCGGAGCCAGGAGCAAGAUCGGCCUGAAAACCCGGUCACUGAUUCGGCUGCACCAACGAGCUCAAAUACGCAGCAGCAGGACGGACAUGAAGCAGUGCAGCCUCCUAGCACGAUUUCGGCAGAGUCGACUGCGCCACCCUCACAGCAACCCCAGCAGCCAGCGACCGUAUCAGAAAGCACUCCUUUUCCUGCGCCCGAAAGCUCCAGCGCAAACAUGUCAACACUCUUUCCAGAUCGCGCCCAACGCCACGAAGUAGAGGCUGCCAAGCGAGCUGCUGCAGAGAAGGCAGAACGCGCUGCACGUGCAAAAGCUCGACGGCUAGAAGAAGAAAAGGCGCUUGCCUCAGACAAAGGAAAGGGAAGAGCGACCGAGGAGACUGAAAAGGAAAAGUCACGUAGAGACUGGAUAUUGCAGCAAAAGAUACGGAAAGAUGAGGCCAAGAAGGACCGAGAACGUAUUCUAGCACAGAUCGAAGCAGACAAGCAAGAGCGCAAAGCUCGCACACAGCGUGCAGCUGGCGAGGCUGCACCUGAGAGCCGGCUGCCCACAUCAAUAGAAGCAGCGAGCAAGCGACGUACGGGUGCUGGAGGCAUGUGUAGUCUUCAGGUCAGACUGUUCGAUGGAACUUCUAUCAAAGGACGCUUCGAGCCCUCAGCUACCCUCGACAGCACUGUCCGGGAUUGGAUUAAAUCCACCACAGCCGAGCAAGGCAACAUCAACGCGGCCGAUGUCCCAUUCACAUUCAAGCAAAUUAUGUCCCCGCUGCCGAGCCGUAGUAUAGAAGUCAGCGAGGAACGCCACUCGCUUGCGGAUCUUGGGCUGACGCCGAAUGCGACAUUGGUCCUCGUCCCUGUUGCUGGUUAUACGGAGGCCUACAGUGGCAAUGCUGGUAGGGGAUACAUGAGCAGUGCACUGCAUUACACAUAUGCGUUGGCCAACGGCGCCUCCAGCAUUCUUGGAUCGGCGAUAUCGUAUGUGCCUGGACUGGGAGGAUCAGCAACUGCAGCUCCGACAGAGUCGACUGCGAGGCAGUCGCGCAGCGCUUCGGACGACGAGGGCCCGACAAGCUUGGAUGGCUCGUCGGAGUCACUCGGGUCAGCAAAGAUCAAGGUGAAGACCUUGGCAGAUCAGCGUGCGGAGGCUGAGCGGGAGAGGGCGAAGAACCCCGAAUUCUACAACGGCAACAGUUCUGCUUUCGAGGGUAGAAAAGAUGAUGACGACCGGAAGUGACACCUUGACCUCACUAGGAAUGAAGUACCUGCGGUGCCUUGAGUAUUGACCUUAGAAGCAUUGAGAUGUUUGGGCAUCUUUUUGGAACGACUCCAAGAGCCUUGCAGGGUUUGUUGAGACGCGAACACAGCGGCGUCGAGUAUCAGAAUCGACAGUCCAGCUUCUACCAGCAAGAUGAGGGACAUCUCGCCAGAAAUCGCAUUUCUUGCCGGUGUUCGUACCCAUAGCGAGC